AUGGGUAUUGACAGUCCGGAACCAGCUGAUGACACCUCUGAUUCGGAAUUUGUUGUUUUAAAUAGCGAAGAAAAUAGGAAUGGGAAUCUUGAAAUGAACGAGUCUGUGCCAAUACUAUAUUCUGAUAUUACUAGCGAUGAGAACACUACUGAUCUACAAACGGAAACGACGAACAGUAGCGUUGAUAAUAAUAUAGAUCAUAAUCGAAUAGAACUUUCUCAGGACAUUACGAAUCUUAACACCCCAUAUAUAAGCCAACAAACAGAAGAAGAGGAAUGUGAACAAUGUGUUGCUGAUCGACUUACUUCAACCCAGAUUUCAAAAAAUAGACCUACUCUAAGAAAUCGUCGUGGUGCAUCAAUACACACGUCGUCCAAACCGUUAAAAUCAAAUAUUUCGACAGGUCUGUCUUCAGGGAUAUCAUUAUCUUCAUCCUCAGCGGGGGAAGGUAGUAGUCGUGGUGUUAAAGGAAGUUCCAAUUGUAAAAUUAACGGCAGUAGUAACAUAAAUAGUAGUGGAUCAGAAUACGAGUGCAAUAUAUG